AUGUCAGCGCUUCCAUUGACGCUCAAUGGACCCAAGGUGCGUGCCUCAACCGAUCCCCACCCUUCCACCACCACCGCCGCCGAUCUGUGCAUCAAUGUCGCGCUGCUGAGCAUUCUGGCUUGGUACUUUGACAAUCCAGACGCCGAAGACAGCAUCCUCCCGCUCGGCAUCCACGUGCAUCAGCUGCGCGAUGAUAGCGCAGAUAUUGCACUGAGCAUGGGCGGCGUGGACUGCCGCGCCUGGUUCACUCUUGGCGAGCCGCUCUUCCGCCUGGACGACGAGAUCCAGCGCCUGGCACUUCCAGACACCCCGCUGCCGACCUUCCUCAAGACCCAGGCCAUUCCUCAGAGCAGGAUCCGUGCUUGCUAUGAGCUCGUGAAUCAGUAUGCUCAUUUGCCAGACCAGCUUCCGUUAUCACGCCUGUUAUCUUGUCUCAGCGACGAUCCUGAAAUCUAUCCGACAGUUCUUCUUCGUCUCUUUACAAUUCUACAAUCGGAAGUCCACUUUCUCGAGUUUUUCACAACCUUGCAACAGCAGCUGUACAGACAAGACGGACCUUCCUUUCUUCCACCCUCUUCGAUUCUUGGCGUGUUUGUGCGAUUGCAUUUGCACAUUAUCAGUGUCCUCCCGUUUGAAUCGGCCACGCCGUUGCUAGAAGAAACCCAAGCGUAUGUCGAGCAAUGGCGAGACGAGGUAGUGCGGGAUGGCGGCAUCCGGUCAUUCCAACUCGAUUCCGCGCAGUCCCCCCAAACCGGAAAGCUGCAAGUUGCCGGCUUGCAGCAUGCCCAACUGUUGGUAAAAGCCGAAAUGGACGCCAUCAUGUCGGGGCAUCGUGACGUUGCGAGCGUCCACGAGCGCGCCAACACAAUCUUGAAGUGCGUUCCUCUUGCUGCUAGUGCACUCUAUCUUCUAUUUCUCAAUAACUUGCGCGUGGGAGAAUACGCUGGAGCCAUGGACUUUGCGCACAAUUACUUUGAUUCGCGAGGAAGCGAGGACGUUUUCCGCUCGUGGUACCUCGGACGUAACGCCACACCAACCGAAUCUGCGUCCACCAAGAGCUUUGCCUGCAUGACCAAAGCCGCCAUUCAUUACACAUUUGGCCAUUUUGCCAAAGCACGCGCGUCCAUUGCGGAAGCCAUUCGACUCGCCCAACAGCUCAAGGCAGAAGGGGCAUUGCUCGACUUGUUGGCUUGGAGCGUCCGAUUGCAUGAGGCGAUGGCCUCCGAAAGCGCCGUGCGCGACUCGACCAUGCCACUCAUCACUCGCUGGAUUGAUCGUGCCGACGCAGCCGGAAGCGUUGCAAGCGCCUGCCAAGCGCGCAUCGCAGGAGCACAGCAUGUCUUGUUCUCUGGGCAGCCGCUUGGCGAAUCUGUCGAGGCUCGUUUCGGGGCUGCCAUGUACCGUUCCAACGCGACCAAGGUGGAUAAAUCCUCCAUUGCGGGUGGUACGCAGCAAGAGCAGCUCCAACAACUCCAGGCAGCACUGGCUGCGGCAGAGGCCAAGAUGAACUCUGCGCCCGAACAUCGCGAGGCGUACACCCAAGCGCUCGAAGUCCUCACCUAUGCACGAAAGUCCCAGCAGGCCGUCGGCGCGAGCGCCGCCAACACGCGUCAGGCCAUCGCUCUGGCCCAGUCUGCGCAUUCUCUCACAUACCGCGAGUCGAGCACCAUUUUGGACGCUCCUGCGCUCACGAUGCAAUUCCAGGCGGCGACGUGGAGGCUGCUGGGCAACUCGGCACUCGCCGACACUUUUGAUCAGAUGCUCCUGUCGCAAAGUCGGCACAGUCCGGCCGUGUCCUCGGUUGCCGGUGUCGCUGCAUCAUCAUCAUCCAGAACGGUGCCGCUGGCGGAUGCCCUCGACGCAGCGUGCCACUUGGCUCUCUCGCACGUGCUUCGGACUGCUGAUCGGGCGGGUGCAUUGCAACUGUUGACGCAUGUGCACUCAUCCUACUCGGACACGACGCUACACGAACCCACUCAGCUGAUCCGCGCGUCGAAUCUGAUUCAGGAAACCAUGCUGAUGACCAAGGCGCGAUCCGCGGGCGACGUUUGGAGUGCCUCUGUGGCGCUCGAGCGAAUCCAUGGUCUUGAGUCGACCAGAGCGUCGACGCGGGCCACAGACAGCGAGCAACGGCGUCGUGGCCUGUUGAUGGAGGCUGGUCAAUGGGCGUACGCGCGCAGGGCGGUCGUGAGUGCCCACAACAGCCAAGCAUCCACCCGUGCCACUUUGACGUUGCCCAAGUUCUAUCACCCCUCCAAGCGGUGGGAUGACUUUAACGCUGUACUCACCCAGUUCCAGCAGCAAGCAAACACAUCUGUUACGUCCGUUCCGACGUUGAGCCUGACUGAGCCAAACCACGUCCGCGACAUUCGGGUCUGGAUGGAUCGCGCGCACGUCUGCCUGGCUGCGGGCAACACCUGGCAAGCGAUCGAAGAGCUUGCACGAGCGCUCGAAUUGUGCGACAAGCAUCAUGUGCCAAGCAUCCAUGCUGAUGCGCUGUUCUUGCUGGCCAGGUGUUUGUUGCGAACGGACGCGCCGAGCGCCGCACUUUAUCAUGUUCAACGGUGCUUGCCGUGGGUGCUGCAGAAUGGCACGAUGGAGCAACGAGCACAUGCCCAAUUUAUCAUGGCCAAGUGUCGCGUUCAACUCGCUCUGAGCGCGUGCGUGCCGCUGGAGGCUCUUGCGCUUCCGCUGAAUGAAGAUGCACCGGCUUUCAAGAUCGACCUGACCGAGACUGGCCGUCGCGCCCUCCUCGACGUGCUACCAUUGUUGACAGAGGCGCUUGCGGCCUUCCGACUGGCAGGGACGCUCAGCGACGUUGCUGCAGUUCUCCAUUUGCGCGCGCUCGUCUAUGACUUUGUCGGCGACAAGGCUUCACGCGACCGCGACGCUGCAUCCUUCAAUCAGCGCGUGCAUAUGACGCAAGUUUCAGUUUGAGCAAUGGAGAGGGAAACGAAUGAAAAAUGGAGAUUUUUCGACUUUUAAUACUGUAUUUUUGAUUUUUUGUUGUUUUUGCA